AUGACGGACAUCGCUUUGCUCGACGCCGUAUUGUCGGAAGUCACCGCCGAGGUGAUCAACACCGUGCUGCGCCGCAACCCCGUCACGACCACCCUCUUCAACCUCGGCGAGUCCUGCAUCGACCAGCCAUACUGCAAUCACCUGUACACCACAUUCAAUCCGGCCAAGGACCCAACGGGAUAUGCAGCGUGGUACCAGCGCAGUGUGGUGAACGGUAGAGCCGACGAGGUUAAAGUCGAGGUAAUCCUGCUGGCGAAGGGCAAGGCGGGCGACGAGGACAACGUGAUGUUCGAGCGUGAGUUGACGGACGCGGGGAAGGGAGGGGAGCCAGCGAAGAGCACCCUUGCGCCGUAUAUCCGGUUGAGAAAGACGAAGGAGGUACAGAGGACAACACCCAGCUUGGAGGAGCGGAUGUCAACCAGAACCAAGACGACGAAGAGAAAGACAACAACGCAGAGAUAA